UCAAGCGUCAGCAAGUGGGGAGUCUCUUUUACAUCUUAACACUGUUCAGUGGUGCAUUCCUUCUUUUUAAAACACUAUAUUAUCAUCAUAACGUUUGUGUAUACUUGUGAUAUUGUGUAUAGCGCGCCUCUUCUUGCGCGACGAUAACAAACGUGUAAGAAACCAUCGCAGCUCGACAUUUCUAUACACGAGCAGUAUACGGUUUAAGCGUGUACUCGCUCUACAGACCCUGUUCAACGACAUUCGUGAAACGAUUCACAAGACUAGCACAAUUCACCACUGAAAGACAAAAGUUGAAAGGAAAAAUGCCGGAGACAGCACAUCAUAUGAACGGAUAUGCAAAUGGCCACUCACCACCGGAACUACAUCAGAAUACCAAUUUUCUGUUCACAUCGGAAUCAGUUGGCGAGGGCCAUCCUGAUAAAAUGUGCGACCAAAUAAGUGAUGCCAUAUUAGAUGCCCACUUGAAACAAGAUCCGGAUGCUAAAGUUGCCUGUGAAACCGUAACAAAGACGGGAAUGAUUCUUCUGUGUGGGGAAAUUACAUCAAAAGCAGUCGUGGACUAUCAAAAAAUAGUACGAGACACAGUGAAUCACAUAGGCUAUGACGAUUCCUCGAAAGGAUUCGAUUGGCGUACGUUGAACCUUUUGGUGGCUGUUGAACAACAAAGUCCGCAUAUCGCUAGCGGCGUCCAUAUCGGCAGGGAAGAAAUGGAUUUGGGUGCAGGUGAUCAGGGUUUGAUGUUCGGCUACGCGACUGAUGAAACUGACGAAUGUAUGCCUCUGACUGUUGUUUUGGCGCACAAAUUGAACCAGAAGAUUGCAGAAUUAAGACGAAGCGGUGAAUUGUGGUGGGCACGUCCCGACUCUAAAACACAGGUUACCUGUGAAUAUAUUAUGGACAAUGGUGCUUGUGUUCCACGGCGAGUUCACACAGUUGUUGUUUCUGUGCAACAUAGCGAGAAAGUUACGUUAGACGAACUACGCCUUAACGUCUUGGAAAAAGUAAUCAAGAAAGUUAUUCCAGCAAAAUAUUUGGACGACAAAACUGUUUUCCACGUUAAUCCCUGCGGUGAUUUCGUCAUUGGUGGUCCACAGAGUGAUGCUGGUCUUACUGGUCGGAAAAUAAUUGUCGACACGUACGGUGGCUGGGGUGCUCACGGAGGUGGAGCGUUUUCUGGAAAAGAUUUCACCAAAGUCGAUAGAUCUGCUGCUUACGCAGCAAGAUGGGUUGCAAAAUCAUUGGUGAAAGCUGGUCUUUGCAGACGUUGCCUAGUACAGGUUUCAUAUGCAAUUGGAGUGGCUGAACCUCUAUCAAUAACUGUUUUUGAUUAUGGAACUUCAAAGCAUUCGCAAAUGGAGCUCCUGGAAAUUGUAAAGAAAAACUUUGACUUGCGUCCUGGAAAAAUUGUUAAAGAAUUAGAUCUCCGUAACCCAAUUUAUCAACAAACAAGUACGUACGGCCAUUUCGGACGUGAUGGAUUCAGUUGGGAACAACCAAAGACCCUAAAUCUUGAUUGAUGAGAGAGUUUGCCUAAAUCCCCUUGAAUAUUUUUUAUUUAAAAACAAAAAAAAAGAACAAGAAACAAAAAUCCCCCUAAAACUCUAUAUGAACCUGUACCAUUAAAAAUUUAACAAGAUCCUCUUGUGACCUUUGUCGAUUUUAUCAAGAAAAUUUAGCUUCAUUUUCCUUGAAGCCCUUUAGAGACAAAACAAAACAAAACAAAAAAUAUCCUCAAUCGAUGGAUGCCACUUUGGCAUCUUAUUUUUUCACAUGGUCACACGAGUUUUUGUCGACUGUAAAGCAAAUAUGAUUAUUUGUAAUACGAGGUGCGAGUGUGAGCAAGAUUUUUUUUCACCAAAUAUUAAUUCCCCAGUAAACAGAUCAGUAAAAGGAGUAAAGGAAAAAAUAGUAUUUAAAAACAAAGAAAAUUUGGAAUAGGAAAGAAUCUCGGAAGUAAGGGUAGAAAAAAAGAGCAGACUUUACUUUGGGUCGUGUCAAUUUUUUUUCUUUUGCUAAAAAGAAAUUCUUCUAUUGAGAAGAAUUUCAUAAAACUAAUUAAAUCUGUGUAUAUAUUGGCAAGAAAUUGAAUUAUUGCAGUAGUUUCCAAGUAUCGUAUAAAAAAAUGAAAAAAAGAAAAAAAUGUUGACAAGUGAAAAACACGGAAUGCAGUUUUUUUGUGUCACAGCUCCAAAAUUAAUUUGUCAUCAUUUACUUUUUAUGCGAUAUUUGAGGAUCAAAAGCAUCUCCUUCUCAGAUUUUUAGGAAUUGCACUAAAGUAGUGUUUCCGUGUGGAAAUGAGAAAACUAGAAUGUCAUCAUUCGUUUUCUGCAAACGUACAUAAUGUGUGUGGCAUUUGUAUUUCGUAGCACUGACAGAAUGAAAUUUUUAUAUUUUAAUUUUAACGAUGAACAAAAAAAAAUAUGCGAACUAAACAAAGUUUUUUUCAAAUACGCCUGAAAAGCGUUCAAGAAAUUUUAAUUGUAAAUUAAUUAUAGUUGCAAUGGCACGGAAUGAAAUCUAAACGAAAAUAAACCAAAGAUAAAAAUAGAUGAAAUCUUUUUUUUUCAGUUAUUUUAAAACUUGCUUUACUUAUACAUAAUAUUAAGUGUUUCUGUGAAAUGCUUUUUUUUACUACAUUUUAAUGCGAUUUUUGUAAAUUACGUGACAGUUGAUACAUUAUAUUGAAAAUAGAUAAUUUCUUCUGUCAGAAUGAAGUGCAGAUGAUCAUGCGUAAAAUGGACGACUAUGUAAAAAAAUGAAAUCAUCGUGUGCAUGUGAACAUUGUAACUUUUUUUUAAUAAAUUGAUUAUUUUAUUUCACUCAAAA